GGACACCGUGUUUUCCUGCCAGUCUCGGACGGAGCAGCAGAGAGAAGGGAGAGAAGAAAGGAGAAAGAAGGAGAAAGAAGAAAGAAAGAGAAUAAGAGAAGAAAGAAGAAGAGGAGGAACCAGGCGAGACUGAGACCCUCUAAAAAAGGCCUUAUAAGAGAAGGGAGAAGAAGAAUUAACGGCAGACGAGGCUCCAAGACAUGCUCUGGCACCUCGAAGCAUGUAUGGAAGCGAUAUAUUUUAGGGAUUUUAGAUUGAGAUUUUAACAUGGGGGAUGAUUUAUCAUGGAGAUUGAGACCACCAGGCUCCAUAGGACCAGAAGUGGAUAUUUCUGUAAGACUGCCAGUUGAUGAUGAUGAGAUGUUGGAGGGCAGGAGAGAAGAUGAAACCCCACUCAUCAAGCGGGCAGUGCCACACUUUCGAGGCAACGUUGUGUAUGCCUGCUUCCUCCUCCUUGGCCUGGGGACGUUGCUCCCGUGGAACUUUUUCAUCACUGCAGAGACGUAUUGGCAGUACAAGUUCCGCAAUGCAUCUGUUCCCCAAAAUGCUUCCGAUGUUGAGAAGACGAACUUGCAAGAGCUAUACACACCAUUGCAAGUCUGUUUGUCUCAAGUGCCAAACUUCCUCUUCCUCUUCAUCAAUGCUUUAUUUAGUCACUUGAUAUCUCAGCGUGUGCGGCUCAUUACAUCACUGACAAUGAUGAUCAUCCUCUUCUCUUUGACCACCACCUUCACCCAGGUUCCCACGGAUAACUGGCAGGGGGGAUUUUUUGCCCUCACAAUGUUCAUCAUCAUCCUCAUUAAUAGUGCUGGUGCUAUUUUCCAAGGGGGUCUCUUUGGAGUUGCCGGCAUGUUCCCGGAGAAGUACAUGACUGCCGUUGUGUCUGGCCAAGCACUUGGUGGAGUGUUUGCAUCAGGGGCUCGUAUAGUGUCUCUGUCAGUAGGAGCAGCAGAUGCAACAUCUGCUUUCAUCUACUUUAUGAUUGCAGUGGGUGUAAUGGUCAUCACCCUCGGUGCUUUUCUCUACAUGUCCAAUACUGAUUUUUACAAACACUACACCAACUGCCAAGGGCCUGAGAAAAAUGAAGUUCCGGAGAAGAGAUCUCUAGGCAGUGAUCUCAAGAUCUUCAAGGAAAUCUGGCCCAUAGGAGUGUCUGUGUGUGGCGUGUUCGCUGUGACCUUGGCUGCUUUCCCAGCACUCUGUGUUACAAUCCAAUCUACCUCAGAGAAUGAAAAAUGGGCAGAUGUCUAUUUCCAACCUGUUGUUACAUUCCUGCUUUUCAAUGUUGGUGAUUAUUUGGGGCGUCAAGGUGCUGGUAUGAUUAUGUGGCCACGACAAGGGUCAAGGAUUCUGUAUCUCAUGACGUUCCUGCGACUGAUCUUCAUCCCCUUGUUCCUGUUUUGCAACAAGCCUGAUUCUAGCAUACCCAGUGUCUUCGCUCACGACUCCUGGUACAUCUUGUUCAUGCUGCUCUUCUCCCUGUCCAAUGGAUACUGCUCAUCUCUCUGCAUGACGUAUGGGCCCAAGAUGGUAUCGGAAGAGAAUGCAGAGAAGGCCAGCAGUAUGAUGGCUGCCAUGCUGGGCCUUGGUCUCCUGACAGGUGGCUUGCUGUCAUUUGCUUUUAGACUCAUUGGGUAAAGGGGCAAGCAGUCCUUACUCUGGCUUGAAGAAACAACAAGUAAAUUAGAAAUAUUCUAUUGACAAUUCCUUCCUACAGUAAUGGUGAAGGAAGAUGUGUUCAAGUUCUCCUUAAAUGAUGUGAAAGUUUUCAUCAUUAAAGGAAAGAACCCUAGACUUUUAGAAGUAAAUUGAUCAUACCAGGUAUUCAGUCUUGACGAUGGGAAUUGAAGUAAAAAUUUGAUGGUGUUUCUAAGAAUGGACAUAAAUGUUUAUCAUAAUUGGUUCUCUAACAGCUCUCUUGAUAAAUAUUGUUAUGGUUAAAAGAAAAUUAUCGAGAAAUGUAAAUACCUGGCUCCUAGAACUUUAUAUGAUUUACUAUUAUUAUUAUUAUUAUUAUUAUUAUUAUUAUUAUUAUUAUUAUUAUUAUUAUUAUUAUUAUUAUUAUUAUUAUUAUUAUUAUUAUUGUUAUUGAUUCUUCUUUUUUUACAGUUAGGUGUGUAUGUGUUAUCUGGGAAGAAGUGGAUGAGUAGGAUGUGGGCUGUGACCCACCUGAUAAUACCUUGAAUAUUUAUUUAAAAGUAGGACAAAAAGAAUUAUUACAAACCACAGCAUUGCAUCAAAAAUGGUUAUUGCUCAUUCUGUGUGUUAAUAGGUGAACUAUUUUUUUGUGAAAUCAUAUCCCUGUUAUUGGUUUCCAGGUGUAAAAUAAUAUUUGAGAAAUUUGAUUCCUUGGAAUGUCGAUUCUCCUUUGCCUAGUCUUUGUGAUUAAGGACAAUGGUUAUCCCGGUAAUAAACCAGUGACUCUAACAAUUUAUAAAGAUUUUGAUGUAAUUUUUAGGGAUAAAGAUGGUUGUAAAGGCACUGGAUAGUCUUGUAAGCAGAUUACUUUGUGAGCUUGAUGAAUGGGAUCAUAGUUCAUUUGUAUUUUCAUUGAACUUUUAUUUAUUAUGUAUGUUUUUUUCUCUACACUAUCUAUUAAUUAAAUAUCUAUAUCUGUUUUAAAAGAUCAAAUGUAGGCUUAUUUUUCUAAGGUAUUUACUACAGGAUAUCCACAAAGCCUUGCAAUGUACCUGUGUUCAUUUAACACAUUUGUCAAUGGUUUAUAUUUUAUUUCGAGAGAUUAUAAGAUGGUAGAUUAAGCUUUUUAUUUUUGUGAAUGCAUUUAUAUACUCAGCAGUGUAUGAGUAGAAGGAAGUUAUUUCUGGAAAUUUAGGAGGGCUUUCACCUUUUUUAAUGUUGACAUAAUAAUGACUAUACCUCUUGGUAGACUAUUGGUACAGAACAGGAAUAAUAUAAUUAUGAACUAUAUGUUCAUUUAUUUUGUAGCACAAACAUAUUACAUUUUAAUAAUGUGGAGCUUAAGCCAUAUGUUUAUCAAUUCCAUUUUUAAAAGUAC